AUCCCUUUAUUAUUUUACACCAGUCUCGUAAGAAGAGUAGGGUGAAGAGGCAAGAGGCGAAAAGUGAGACAUUGGAGGCAAAAGUCACUCGCUAUUCAAACCGUCUGUACAAUAUCCAACCUUUUCUCCGAAACCACUGUCGACGUACGGACAGUGCCGAUCGCUUAAACCAUAAAACAACCUAUAUCGACAAUAUGCGAUACACACUCGCUCUCGUCUCCGCCCUCCUAGGCGUCGCCACUGCGGCCCCUCAGGGUGUCACGGACAAGCUGACACCUACCGGUGCCGCGCCGGCUGGCUGUACUGGUAGUUUCGACGGCAACUUCGAGAUCACCGUCGCCGAAGUCACCGAGAAGCGAAGCAUCUCUCAACCGAAGAAGCGUGCUGAGUGUGGUAACGACGGCAUUCUCGUAUCGACAUUGAAGGAUGGUAGCAUCUUUGACGCCAAGGACCGAACCGGUUAUAUCGCGUCUAAUUACCAGUUCCAAUUCGAUGCUCCCGCCCAAGCAGGCGCUCUGUACACUAGUGGAUUUUCACUCUGCGACAACAACAUCCUCGCACUCGGCAGCAACCAGACAUUCUACCGAUGUCUAUCUGGUGAUUUCUACAACCUGUACGACCGUAACUGGGCCGCUCAGUGCUCGCCUGUCUCGAUCAUCGCUGUACCGUGCGGCACGGACGACUCGGCCUCGCAGAUUCCCGAUGGUCAGGUUGUCGGUACCAGCGUCGUUCAAACUACAAUCGUCACCGCUUUACCCGACGGCCAACCGCAAGUCGUCACUACGACGGUCCCCGUUCCCAUCUGCCAGAUCAGCGAUGGUCAGGUUCAACAAGGAAGUACACCGUGCGCCUCGAUUACGGCUAGCGCGACCAGCACGUAUGUGCCCGUGAGCGAGUACACAGAUGGCCAGAUUCAAGUAACUCCUCCCGGAAGCGCACCGGCUCCAUCGGCCACACCGACUGCUGGUUCGUCCGCACCUUCUGCGCCCUCUGCGCCCGCUCCGUCAGUAUCGUCGGGCUCGGCACCUGCACCGAGCAGCAGCGCGGUUGUAUCCAGCGCCAGUGCUAGUGCCAGCGCCAGCGCCUCGGCAAGCCCAUCUUCGGCAAGCCCCAGUUCGCCAGCAGUGACUUCAGCGCCGCCUCAGAGCGGAUCUUCGCGCGUCUCAGUAGGGUCAGUCGGUGCUCUGGUUAUCACAGCUAUGGUGGCCUUUUUCUACCUGUAAAUAUAGUUCAUCGUCCCCCAUUGCUAGGUUCAUCAUGGAAGACAGGAAAGUAAUAUGUUGAUAUUGACGGAUAAUGGAUUGGGAAGGGGAACUAAUGCUGGCACGACGAGAUGGAAUUAAUGUGUGAAAUGGCUCUGCAAUGGAAAUGGAAAUGAGGAACAACUUGAUAAUAGGUACCGAAAGCAUAGCAGGAGUUGGGAAAUAAUGCAAAAACUCCAGUUUAUACAUACAUCAAUAGCCAAGACUAUGUGUUUACCUACCUAGGUAGGUGCCUAGUCUCUUCUAUUUUAGAAGCCCCUUAUGAACUUCUUGGAACUGGUA